AAACAAAAAUUGUAAUUUUAUUAACCUCAGUUUUUAUUAAAAUAUAAACAAAAUUAAAUCAAAUCAACAACAUAAAAACAUAAAGGAAAAAUAUAAAAAAAUUCUCUCAUAAAAUAGACAACAUAAAAAUCAGCAAUAACUUUUGAAUCCUUUUUACGCAUUUCCCGAUUUCGUGGUGUCAUCUGCAAACGCCAUAGACAUCAUUAACAUCGACAACAUUAAAAAAAUUAUCGUCACCAUCAUCAGAAUAAACAAGGAAUACCAGCUCUAGUAGCAGCAGCUUCAGCAGCAGGAUCUCUUUACCAGCAUUUACUAUGGAUUUAUUAUCGUUUUUAUUGUAUUUUCUCUUGACACGACAUGUCACAGUAUGGGCACAAAUCCACAGCAACACCAUCACCACCUACACCAGUACCACUACCAUCACAAGCAACAACAGCAAUUCACAAAAUUUCCACAACAACAACCAUCGACAACGACGUAGCACCGGAAGCAGUAGCUCCAACAAUAUUCCAUCGGUUAGCGAGAACAGUGUUUUGUAUUUAACACCAUCGCAACCAUCUAUACCACAUUUUGUGAAUGCUUCCUUUAUAAUAUUUUGCAAUACAAAACAACGAACGAUUGCAACAACAGAUGCAACUGCAGCAUCGUCGUCUUCAUCAUCAUCACCAUCAGCAUCUUUAUCGAAUACAGUACAAACAGAUAUUGAGACUAAAUGGAAAGAUCCCAAUGGUGUGGUGCGUGAGAAUACCAAAGGUCGUGUUCAUGUUGAAAAAAGAGGAG